UGACACCCUUACCAAAAAAUAUAAAUUGAGAUCUGUAUAACAUUAGUAGUACACUCUGGCUGAGUGUCAGGCUUUGAGUUUGAGCAUCCUUCUUGCUUCUAAAUAAGGCUGUUACUAUGGCUAGUUAUGCUCGGCAUAUUCCUGUAAAUGUAAGAAGAAAUAGAGUCAAUCUUGGCUCAGAUGGAAAAUCUCGGAUUUCUUCUGCCUUUUCCACUCACUGCACUUCCAGUGGCUUAGACAGAAGUAGUUUUCCCUGUCAAAGCCAUAUUGUGGAUAGAUCCCCUUUUGACUUUGCAAAUGGCGGCCAAGGCACAUUUUCGAGCCGCAGUUGUAGCAGUGUAUUAAUGAGCGGCGGUGGCUAUGGGAGGAGAAUGAGUACUGGAAGUUGUCUUAAUGGCAGCCAUGGUGGUUAUCCUUUGCUUGGAUAUGGUGAUGGGCAAGUGUUCACAGGUGGUCUGGGUGGAGUCCCUUCAACCUGUGGCAUCAUCUUCUCUUCCACCGAUGAGAAGGUCCUCAUGCAGAACCUCAAUGACCGACUGGGCAAUUACAUAGACAAAGUGAGAUGCUUGGAGAAGGAAAAUGCAGCCCUUGAAUCCCAGAUCAGUGACUUCUGUCUCAAGCAUGGUCUUACUGGUGAAAUGAAGGAUCACAGCCACUUUUACCAACAGAUUGAGGAACUUAAAAAACAGGUUUUUGUUGCUAAUCUGGAGAAUAACAAGAUACUUCUCAAGAUUGACAAUAAUCACAUGGACCUAGAAGACCUGAGAAAGAAAUAUGAGACUGAAUAUGUCAUCCGUGAAAAUGUGGAAGCUGAUGUAAAUGGAUUACGCCCUGUUCUAAAGGAACUCACUGGCUAUAAGGCUGACCUCAAGGCUGAGCUCAAUUCACUGAAAGAGGAAAUAUGUGACCUCAAGAAGACCCAUGAAAAGGACUUAAACUGUCGGAAAAAACGAUCACAUGGCAGCAACAAAGAAGUCAGCAUUGGCCCUGGCACAGAUCUGAAGCAAAUGCUGAAGGAAAUGAGACAAAAAUAUGAAGCAAAGAUAGAGUCAAACCGCAAGGAGGUUGUGCAACGGUAUGAAGACAAGCUGAAGGAGAUGAACCUGAAUGUCAACAACAGUAGCCAAGACAUCGAAGAUGGCAACCACAAAGUCUUGGAUCUCAAAUGCAAACUGCCAGCCCUAGAGAUUGAUUUACAAGCCCAAUAUAAUAUGAGGGAUACACUGAAAGUCUGCUUAGCUGAAAUAGAAUGUCACUUCCAGACUCAGCUUGGCGAAAUGCAGGAGCAGAUCUCCAACAUGGAGCAUCAGUUAGCAGAACUGCACUUGGAAAUGGAGACUCAGGAUCAGGAAUACAAAGGGCUUGUAGAUGUCAAAAAACGGCUAGAGCAAGAGAUCCAGACCUAUAGCAGCCUGCUCAAAGAAGGGCAGAAUGACCCCUCAUCCACCAUUGACAUGCAGCCAGAAAGAUCUCCCCUUGCAUGAGAAGAGACUCUUCUACAGAAGAUUGUUUGGUAUAUCUUUAUAGUGUUCACCCAUUUAAGAAUGUUUGUUUGAUCAGAGCGACAGUAAGCAAUCACAAUGUCUUUCUUUUUCUGUGUUGCUAUUAUACCUGAUGAUGUUUAUUGGUUUUUCAUUUUGCUGGAUUCAAUUUGGGAUGCUACCCUCUGUGUAUGUAGUCAUUUAUCAUAGGAUGAAACCUAUUUUUGCACACACUUUAAACUCUGAAUUGUAUACACAAUAAAGGAGCCAAUCUUGGGGAAUAAAACAUGUGUAUGU